AUGUCAGCUUCACCUUCAAGUUCGCACGCGACCCAGACUGGUCGCCCUUCGCUUUGGAAUGACUCGGCCGAGCGCAGAUUAGCUAGGCUCUAUGUCUACACGACCUUGCCUCUCACCAAAAUUGUCGAAGUCGUUCAUAGAGUCACUCCGGGAAAACGAGACUGUCCAGGAAAGGAUUCAGCCAACAAAAAACUGAACUCAAUUCUUGACAAAGAGCCGCGAUGGCUUCACCCACGAACCCGGACAGACAUGGACCGGCGCAUAAGCGCCCUUGAUAACUCCCCAACCCGCCAGAACACGCCCGAGAACGCGUUUUCGCCAAACUACUCUCGCUCAAUUUCUUCCGGCGCCCGAUCGCAUCUGAGUGUACUCCCUGAUUUCAAAUACGAAGGCGGCGACAGCCCAACCGUCAACGACUUUCAACCCUUUCACCACUCGCGCUCAUCUUCUGCUGGCUGGGGCCCGCCGGCCCCGGGGCCACUUCCGACAUUAGUGACCACCGAUAUUGCGUCCGUGCCGCCGCCCGAAGCCGGAAUCCACCGGCAGACAACGACACAAACCCUGCAGGAUGUGCUUUCACAGUAUUCAACUGGAUUCCGUCACCAAGUCAGCAGGCUGUUGAAGCGCUACACGAUGCCGAGCAACACGAUGAUGAACCAAUCACCAUCGGACGACGACCGACCUGGCACUGCCAACUCUAACCCAGCAUCCUGGAUAUUCGAGUACAAUGCGCCACAGAGAAACUCGGAAUCACAAGCUGCACCCCUGCCCGGCGACUAUCUCAACCUACCGUACCACCUCCUCAAACAAGGCUUUUGCUCUGAAGGGCUCGCGGAGCAUGACUCGCGAUCUUGCUUCUGCCACGUACGAGACGAACUCCCGAAUGACUCUUGGGUCACCGGCUCAGGUCCAACUCCUUUUGCCCAACACAUCCUGCAUUGUGGAGAGCCUCCGAAUCAGGAUUGGAACACUCGCGACCCCUUUGGCCACAGUAUCUUGCAUCUUCUUGCAGCCGGGAACGCUCACCACGCCCUCUUAUUCAAGGCAAUCGAGUCGUCCCCCAACCCCUCGGUCACGAAUAGCGCCGGUCAGACAUUCCUACAUCUGCUCAACGACAGCUGGUUUACCCAACACGCCGAUUCUCUCUUCCAGCUCAUUACUCGUCUGAAGCGAUCCGAUUUUGACUUGUAUGCUCGCGAUGUAUACGGGCGCAACUUUUGUCACAUUAUCCACUCAAAAAAGCCGAGCGUUCUGAGCCAGGAGAUUAAAAACGCCCUUCUUAACCAGUUUAACCCCAUGGCAUAUUGCUGCCGCGACGCAUUUGGCAACAUUCCUGAAUCUGCCCCUAUCGCACUGCCAAUCCGGAGAGCCUAUACUGCUGCUGUCGGGCAAGAGAUGUCCUCGACCUGGGAUUCACAUACGUUGCGCAGGGGUCCGUCUCCUAUCGAGGAACAAGCACAACUUCUGAAGCUCGUCAACGAAGCACACACCAACACCCGAGUACAAGAUACACAAGGACGCAACGGUCUGCACUGCCUUGCCGAUGCUAUUCUCAGUCAGGAGUCAUUAUUCGCCAGGUUCCCCCAGCAUCUUGCGCAGGCAGCUACCGCAGAGCAUUCCGGCGGUAGCAGCCGUAAGCGCAAACACAACAAACCUAGCAAAACACUCACAGACUCCUCAAAGGAGAGGCUCACUGCCAGGGAAAAGGUCGUGAGAGACCUCAUUGACCUCGGCGUUGACGCAAACCACUAUGACAAAUACGGCAACACCGUUCUGAUGGCUUUUGUGGCCCAGCUACCCGAAGACGACGACUACAAGAAGCCCGUCAACAUCUUGGAGGCUCUCAUCGAUGCGGGUGCCGACGUCAAUGCCCGUAAUAAGAAUGGCGAGACCGCGCUGCAUGUCGCAGUCCGCAGAGGCAAAAAGCUUGCCAUGCGUACACUUCAACAACACAACGCAAAUGUACAAGCCCGGGACGUGGAAGGUCGAAGUGUGCUUGAUGUAGCCGACCGAAUGGUGACGUCGUAUAAGCAAAACCCUCACUUCUCACACUACGAGGCUUGCCAUGCGUGGCUAUCGGGGCAAGCCAAGGCAGUUCAAUACCCAACAAUACACCAAGAAUGGGAAUUGCGAGACUCUUGA